AAGUUAGCCUUGCAUUUUUCAAUUAACAAGGUACUUUUUGUACAAUUUUAUUGUUACGUGUUAUGCUUUUACAUAAUUCGUUUCUUCGUUUCUAUACUUUUGCGCAGGUCAGUAGUCCUUACAUUUGCUGGCAUUGAUUACAACGGAUCGAAACAACGUGCGUGUUUAUAACACAGUUGUAAUACAAUAACGCCACCACUGUGACUGACGACUGAGAAAAUAAAUGUAAGUCAGUUUAAGUUUUGUUUAAGACGAAAUAAGAUGAGUUGUUACUCGGUUUUGCUCAUUCUUGUCGCCUUAAUUGCGGCAUUGUUUAUCGGCAUCAAGAUGUAUUUCGGCUGGCCUACGAGAUGGUGCCGAAGUCAACGCUGCUUAGUUGGUAAAACUGCAAUCAUCACUGGAGCUAAUACAGGCAUAGGUUUCGAAACCGCUCUGGACUUCGCCAAAAGAGGUGCAAAAGUAAUUCUUGCGUGCAGAGAUCGCGCCCGAGCAGAGGAAGCUCGCCGCAAAAUCAUCGAAGAAACAGACAACCCAAAAAUUUUUGUCAAAAUUGUGGACUUCACUUCGUUCGAUUCAAUAAGAGCUUUCGCCAAAGAAAUCAACGAAAGCGAAGACCGCCUCGAUAUUUUGGCCAACAAUGUUGGGAUAUCGUUUGGUGAUGAUGUAAAAACCGAAGACGGAUGUGAUAUUGUCAUGCAAGUUAAUUAUUACUCCCACUAUCUGCUAACCCACUUAUUGAUAGGUUUGAUGAUGAAGUCCGGCGACCCUAGUCGGAUAGUCAACACGUCGUCGCUGGCGGCAGCACAUGCGAACAAUUUCGAUGUAAAUAACCUCCAGAAAUUUCCGGGGAAUAUGGCGGCUUAUGCUAAUUCGAAAUUGUGCAAUAUUUUGUUUACUAAAGUGCUAGCUCGGAAACUACGGGAUACGAACAUCACGGUGUAUUCGUUACAUCCCGGGACUAUCAAAACAGACAUUUUUAGAUUGGCGAAAGGUUUUGCCAAAGUGGCACUCCAGAUUGUGGUGGCUUUGUUUUAUAAACCUGUUGAAGAAGGUGCCCAAACUAAUAUUUACUGUUCAGUGCAGAAAGGCAUAGAACGGUUUAGUGGCUGUCAUUUUGAUAACUGCAGAAAAGUGGAAGAUUACAGGACUACAAGAGUUCCACACCUUGCAGAGAAACUUUGGGAAUUAACUGAACCAAUCGUUCACUUACAAGAAGCUGAGAAAAUAGCGUUUACGCGCUUAAAAAUGACUUUGUUCCUGCCUGGAUUUUUUCUUUUUCUUCUGAUAUUCUGCAUCCUUGUGAGAAUUUAUUUAAGUUGGCCUACGAGAUGGUGCCGAAGUGAAAGGUGUUUGCUUGGAAAAACUGCAGUUAUAACGGGCGCAAACACAGGUUUAGGCUAUGAAACGGCCCUCGACUUUGCCAAAAGAGGGGCAAAGGUAAUCUUAGCCUGCAGAAACCCACAACGGGCUGAAGAAGCCUGCCAGAAAAUCAUAGAAGAAACAGACAACCCAAACAUUUCUACGAAAAUCGUGGACUUCAGUUCUUUCUACUCUGUAAGAGCUUUUGCCAGAGAAUUGACUCAAACUGAAGAUCGUCUGGAUAUUUUGGUAAACAAUGCCGGGAUAGCUUUUGCUGAUGACACUAAGAGCUUGGAUGGACAUGAUCUCACGAUGCAAGUGAAUUACUAUUCUCAUUUCCUUCUCACUCACUUGUUGAUAGAACUGAUGCGAAAAUCUGGCGACCCUAGCAGAAUAGUUAACGUUUCUUCGAAAGCAGCAUUACACUGCUUGCGUUUCCAUUUGGAGAAUCUUGACGAGUUUCGAGGGAAUGUGAAUAAUUAUGAACACUCGAAAUUAUGUUUGAAUAUGUUUACUAAAGAACUCGCUAAAAGGCUCGUAACGACGAACAUUACAGCCUACUCUUUGCAUCCCGGUGCUAUUAAAACAGAAAUUUUGAGACAAACAAAGGGCAAGGUUAAAACAUUGUUUCAGUUGAUAGUGGCUUUAUUUUAUAAAUCUGUGAAAGAAGGCAUCCAAACGAUUAUUUAUUGUUCGAUAGAAAAAAAUAUUGAGCAGUUCAGUGGUUGUCAUUUUGACAACUGCAGGAAAGUCGCCGACUAUUGGAAAGUAAGAAAUUUGGAAGUUUGUUCGAAAUUGUGGAAGAUAACUGAAGACAUUGUUAACUUACAAGAAACCGAAAAAAUUCGCUUGUAAUUCCAUAUCAAAAGAUAAUAAUGUUAUCACGAAACUUGUCAUUAUCUGUUUAAAUGUAAACAUUAUCAUUUAA